UUGGCCUUGGCUGGUGCAGGGGUGCAGGAGUGACCAGGCCGAUGAGCCCCCAGGAGAGUUCUGUCCACCCUUUCCAAUUUCUCCUCUUGGUGGGGAUCCCUGUGGCCAGCGCUUUCCUUCUGGUUCAGUGCCUUCGGCACUGUUCUCGGUGGCUGCCAGGGGCCUGCCAGAAGCCAGAUGACCAGGAGGAAAGAGUGUCCCCGCCCACUCCGUCACCAGAGUGUGAGCUCCCACGGCAGAGCGCACCCUCCACACUGCCAGAGGUGGCUGCAUUCUACCAGGAACUGCACACGCCCACCCGGGGCCAGACCAUCACACGCCAGCUGAUGCACAAACUACUGGUGUAUUCUGCUCGAGAGGUGGAUCACCGCGGCGGAUGCCUGAUGCUGCACAACACGGGCAUUUCUCUGCUCAUCCCACCAGGUGCUGUGGCGGUGGGUCGCCAGGAGCGAGUGUCCUUGGUUCUGGUGUGGGACCUGACAGAUGGCCCAUCAUUGUCUCACAGACAGGCACUAGUGAGUCCUGUGGUGGCAUGUGGCCCUCAUGGGGUCUCUUUCCUGAAGCCUUGCACCCUCACAUUCAAGCACUGUGCCCAGCAGGCCAGUCAGGCCUGUGCCUACAGCAGCAACACUUCCCUGUUGGAUGCCAAGCACUGGAGGCCUCUGGGUCGGCCGGGUGCUUAUACCUCCCGGGAUGAGUGUCGUAUCCUGCUCUCUCACUUCAGCCUCUACACCUGUGUUCUGGAGGCACCCCUGGGCCAGACAGCCCGCAAGUGGCUGCAGUUGGCAGUGUUCUGCUCCCCACUGGUGCCGGGGCAGACCCACCUGCAGCUGCGUGUCUAUUUCCUGAACAAUACCCCCUGCGCCCUGCAGUGGGCUAUCACCAAUGAACAGCCCCAUGGCGGACGCAUGCGUGGGCCCUGCCAGCUCUUCGACUUCACUGGGGCCAGAGCAGACCAGUGCCUGAAGCUCCAGUAUAUCUCUGAGGGCUGGGAAAACGUGGAUGACAGUAGUCGCCAGCUGGUUCCCCAUCUUCAUAUCUGGCAUGGAAAGUGUCCCUUCCGUUCCUUCUGCUUCCGGAGAAAGGCAGCCAAUGAGAAUAAAGACUGCUCAUCAUUGACCAAUGAGAUCAUUGUCACCAUGCAUACCUUCCAGGAUGGCUUAGAAACCAAGUACAUGGAGAUCCUCAGAUUCCAGGCGUCAGAGGAAGAGUCCUGGGCAGCACCGCCUCCUGUCUCUCAGACACCCCCGUGCAAUAGGCUGCCUCCAGAGCUCUUUGAGCAGCUGCAGAUGUUAUUGGAGCCCAACAGCAUCACUGGGAAUGACUGGCGCAGACUGGCCUCCCACCUGGGGCUCUGUGGCAUGAAAAUCCGGUUCUUGUCCUGCCAGCGCAGCCCCGCUGCGGCCAUCCUGGAGCUGUUUGAGGAACAGAAUGGCAGCCUGCAGGAGCUUCACUACCUCAUGACCUCCAUGGAGCGGUUGGACUGCGCCUCGGCCAUCCAGAACUACCUGAACAGAACCCCCCGGGGCAGCCCUGCCACCAUGCACGGAGGCACCUGGGAGAACGAUGGCUUAGAGCUGGAUGAGAAACUCUAA